AACCCUACGAACAUUUUCACCAUAUUCCUCUGUAACUAAAAUCUACGUAUCGUCAGUGGAGAGAGCUCUCCGGAUAACUCCUUAAAACCCUAGCCUUCUAAUUGGCUCUGAGAGAGAGAAGCUGUACCACAAUCAUGGCGGACGUCAUGCUACUCAACGAGGUUGAGACCACGGCGGCGCGAUUAGGUAUAGAUUUAUCCGAGAUAGAUCUGGACUCUAUUCGUCUUCCUCCUGGAGAAGAUUUCGGCAUCAAAAGUGACGAUGAAGAUGUAUUCCGGGAUGAAAAUAUGGAGUUCGAUUCCGGGUUUGGUAAUAUUAUAGUUGUAGAUAAUAUUCCGGUUGUUCCUCGGGAGAAGUUUGAGAAAUUGGAGGGUGUAAUUCGUAAAAUUUACAGUCAGAUUGGUGUAAUCAAGGAAGAUGGUUUUUGGAUGCCAACUGAUCCAGAAACUCAUAAAACCUUAGGGUUUUGUUUUGUUGAAUUCAAUACUCCUCAGGAAGCUGAACUAGCCCUGAAAACGAAUGGGUACAAGUUGGACAGAUCACAUAUUUUUGCUGUCAACCUGUUUGAUGAUUUUGAGAAAUAUAUGAAAGUUCCGGAUGAGUGGGCCCCUCCGGAAGUUGUGCCUUAUACUCCUGGGGAAAAUCUUCAAAAAUGGCUUACAGAUGAAAAAGCCAGAGACCAGUUUGUUAUCCGUGCUGGUACGGAUACUGAAGUUCUAUGGAAUGAUGCCCGACAAAUGAAGCCCGAUCCUGUUUACAAGCGUGCUUACUGGACGGAAAGUUUUGUCCAGUGGUCCCCAUUGGGGACUUACUUAGCAACUGUGCACAGACAAGGUGCUGCAGUUUGGGGUGGAGCCUCUACUUUUAAUAGGUUGAUGCGUUAUGCACAUCCCCAGGUUGGACUAAUUGAUUUCUCCCCUGGGGAGAACUACUUGGUGACUUACAGCAGUCAUGAACCGAGCAGUCCAGACGAGCCAAAGAGAGUUGUCAUCAAUAUUUUUGAUGUAAGAACUGGAAAGGUUAUGAGAGAUUUCAAGGGCACAACCGAUGAGUUUGCAAUUGCAGGAAGCGGUGGUGUGUCAGGGGUAUCUUGGCCUGUUUUCAAAUGGGGUGGUGGAAAAGAAGAUAAAUAUUUUGCAAGGCUGGGGAAGAAUCUGAUCUCUGUUUACGAGACAGAAAACUUCUUCCUUCUUGAUAAGAAAUCCUUGAAGGUCGAGAAUGUGAUGGAUUUCAGUUGGUCUCCUACUGAUCCAAUUCUUGCCCUGUUUGUUCCUGAAUUAGGGGGUGGCAAUCAACCUGCUAGAGUGAGUCUUUAUCAAAUCCCCAGUAAAGAAGAACUUAGACAGAAGAAUUUGUUCAGUGUUAGUGAUUGCAAAAUGUACUGGCAAUCCAAUGGGGAUUACCUUGCAGUAAAGGUUGAUCGCUAUACAAAAACUAAGAAAUCAACAUACACAGGCUUUGAGCUAUUCAGGAUAAAAGAGCGUGACAUCCCGAUUGAGGUGUUUGAGCUGGAAAAUAAGACUGACAAGAUUAUUGCCUUUGCUUGGGAACCAAAGGGUCACAGGUUUGCUAUUAUCCACGGCGAUAACCCCAGACCCGAUGUAAGCUUUUACUCAAUGCGGAGCGGUAAUAACACAGGCCGUGUUUCCAAACUUACCACUCUAAAGGGCAAGCAAGCAAAUGCCCUAUAUUGGUCGCCCACUGGUCGUUACAUUAUUCUAGCGGGAUUGAAAGGAAUGAACGGGCAGUUGGAAUUUUACAAUGUCGAUGAAUUAGAAACCAUGGCUACUGCUGAGCAUUUUAUGGCAACAGACAUUGAAUGGGAUCCUACUGGAAGGUAUGUUGCAACUGCUGUGACUUCAGUCCAUGAGAUGGAGAAUGGAUUUAACAUUUGGUCCUUUAAUGGCAAGCUGCUUUACCGGAUAUUGAAGGAUCAUUUCUUCCAGUUUCUGUGGCGGCCAAGGCCUCCACCUUUCUUGAGCCCUGAGAAAGAAGAAGAGAUUGCAAAGAACUUGAAAAAAUACAGCAAGAAGUACGAGGCAGAAGACCAGGACGUGUCAAUGCUAUUGAGCGAGCAAGAUCGGGAGAAGAGGAAGAUGUUGAAGGAAGAAUGGGAGAAAUGGGUGGCCGAGUGGAAGCGGUUGCAUGAAGAAGAGAGAUUGGAGAGAGAGAAGCUUAGGGACGGAGAAGCUAGUGAUGAUGAUGAAGAAGAAUACGAAGCCAAAGAAGUUGAAGUCGAAGAAGUAUUGGAAACAACCGAAGAGAUCCUUCCGUUCGAAAUUUGAUCAGAGGAGGAAAACCAGUAUUCUUGAAGUGAGGUUUUCAUAAAGAAACUUUGAAGAAGUGAAGUCUUUUUUUGUCUAGGAAUUUUUGUUUUCUUUGAAACUGAGUUAAAAACAACUUUGAUUAUUCCUGUAAUAUUUUUGUUCCAAAUUAUUUUUGAUUUAAUAGACUUAGAAUUUUGCUGA